ACUGGGCAUAACAGGUGUCAACAUUAAAAGUGCUGAAUUGAUCGUAUUUUUGGUGGAUUUUACACUUUGCAUGAGAAACCAGACAUGGAGGAAAUGGCGAUUUGGGAGCAGCACACUGUAACGUUAACAAAGGACCCCAAGGUAGGCUUUGGCUUUGCUGUCUCUGGGGGACGGGACAAGCCAAACCCCAGCAACGGGAACACUGCAGUGGUCAUUUCUGAUGUUCUGCCUAGCGGCCCAGCGAUGGGCAGGCUCCAGACACGAGAUCAUAUAGUUAUGGUGAACGGGGUGUCCAUGGAGACUGCCACCUCACUGUACACUAUCCAGCAUCUCAAAAGCUGUGGCAAGAUGGCCAACAUAACUGUGAAGAGGCCGCGCACAGUGCAGAUUCCGUCCAGUAGUAGACCCACACGUGCUGCCUCCCACUCAAACCUGCUGGACGGCGAUCGCCGUGAAAGGAGUCCUCGCCGGAUAUCGGACAGCGGCUAUGACCAGCGGCCACGAAGCUCCACGCUGGACCGCAACGGCCACGACCUGCCCAUUAUGUCCGGCUUCAAGAGGCUACCCUACCAGGAUGUGCCGGAGAAACCCAUCAGUACCACGCUGAUCAAGAAGAAACCCACAGAUGAGUAUGGCAUGAAGCUGGGUAGUCAGAUCUUCAUCAAACACAUGACCUCCACCGGCCUGGCUGCCAAGGAAGGCACACUGCAGGAGGGAGAUCUUGUUCUGAAGAUUAAUGGCAUGACUACGGAGAACCUCUCCCUGCUGGAGACGAAGCACCUGGUGGAGAAAUCCAGAGGCAAACUCACCAUGGUGGUACUGAGGGACAGCAGGAAGUUCCUGGUCAACAUCCCUGUGGUGGAAGACAGCCCCCAGAACAGCGCCGACGAGAGACAUGGAGACAGCAGCUCGGAGCUGGAGCAAAUUUCCGAUCUGGACUCAGAUGAUCCUACCACCAAUCGGACAUCUCGUUCAGCGGCUCGGGAGCGGCGCACACGCAGAAACCGAGCGGAGGCUCCCCCAGCCUCAAAGUCCCGGGACGCGACCCCUCUGCGCUCCGCCCUGACCCACCCACCUGCUCAGGCUGCGCCCGCACGCAGAGUCUCAUCUGAGUCAGAAUCAGACCACAGUAACUCCCCUCCUCCGGCUAAACACGAUGCGCUCGAUAACAGAGACCGGUACAGAGUGCUCUCCGGAGUGUCGGCGCUGCCCAAUCCCCGCGCGUCUCCCGUCUCUUACAACUGGAACGCUCCUCGUAGCUCUGCCUCGCUGCCACGCCCCCGCAGAGCGGUUUCUGAGUCUGACUCAGACAGAAGUGCUUCUCCACCGGCCAGACGGGACAGCCCCAAGACUGACAAGCACUCCAGAUACAAAGUGCUUCCUGACAUUCCCCCUCAUGGCCUAAAGAAAACGCCCAUCAGCCGCUCCCAGGACCUCCUCCAGCGCGGCCCUUCCCCAUACAGACCCCCACCACACAAUGAGUCAGAGUCCGAGUCCGAUGGCAGUUCAGGACCCCCACUGAGACAGGGAACCCCAUCCAGCCAGGACUCGCGCAACAGAUACAGGGCGACUCCUGCUGUUCUACCAGCUGCUACGGUCGAGCCACAGAAACGGUUGAAACUCUCUUCUGCCAUCAGGAGAGGUCCCUCUGAGUCUGAGUCAGAAGAGAGCUACACCUCUGUUCCACGAACGGACCCCCCAGCUAGGCACAAGGCUGUGGCUGAAAAGCAAGUCCCAUUCCUCAGGAACAGAGCAGAUCUGUAUCACAGAGCCCCCUCUCCGGUCACAGGUCCACCUGCAGACCGCUCCGUGUCCGAUGCAGACCACUCUCUCCCAAGAAGGUCUACCAGUGUGGAUCACGCUAGCAGUCAGAGUUUUCCAGAUGUAGAGGCCACUCCCCAUGCAGUCCUGCCUAAAUCCAGCCCAACCAGGGUGAACGCUGGUCCUGCAGACGAGCCUCUCUACUCCCUCCCGCCAGAUGCCCUUCCUACACCUAGCAUGGGGUACAGCUCCGACCAGAACACUGUGCGCUUCCUUAAAGAAGGCAGCGUGGGUCUGCGGCUCGUAGGGGGAAAUGACGUGGGGACCUUUGUGGGGGGCGUCCAGCCCAACAGCCCCGCCCAGAAGCAAGGCAUGAAGGAGGGCGAUCAGAUACUGCAGGUUAACGGGGUGGAUUUCAGUCACUUCACCAGAGAAGAAGCUGCCAUGUUCCUCAUGAACGUUCCUUCUGGAGAACACCUUAAUAUCAUCACUCAGAAUAAGAUGGACCUUUAUAAGAAGAUCAUGAAGUCCAGCCUGGGUGACUCCUUCUACAUCCGCACGCACUUCGACCACGAGCAGGAGAGCCCACGCAGCCUGAACUUCACCCGGGGAGAGGUCUUCCGUGUGGUGGACACCAUGUACCACGGGAAACUGGGCACCUGGCUGGCCAUACGCAUGGGGAGUAACCUCCACGAACUGGAAAAAGGCACCAUCCCCAACCAGAGCAGAGCUGAAACUCUAGCCAGCAUGGAACAGGCUCAGAGGAUCCAGGGAGCAGAACGCCAGGCCUCCGCACCCAGGGCAGAGUUUUGGAAGCUACGGGGUCUCAGAGGGGCCAAAAAGAAUGUCAGAAGGACCAGAGACGACCUUCUACAACUGACAAUCCAGGGCAAAUUUCCAGCUUAUGAGAAGGUCCUGCUGAGAGAAGCCAAUUUUAAACGUCCCAUUGUCAUUAUGGGUCCCCUGAAUGAUAUUGCAAAUGAGAAGCUGGCAAGAGAGAUGCCCAGUGAAUUUGAGAUCGCAGAAAUGGUACCAAGGAGUGGGGGAGACGCCUCCUCCAGUGUUAUUAAGCUAGAUACAGUGAGAAGAAUAGCAGAGCAGGAAAAGCACCCCCUGCUGGACAUCACGCCUACUGCAGUGGAGAGGCUUAGUUACAUCCAGUAUCACCCCAUGGUGCUGUUCUUAGACCCUCAGAGCCGUAAAGACGUGAAAACAAUGAGGCAGAGAUAUUCCCCCAACUCCAACAAAAGCUCACGAAAACUCUACGCCCAGGCCUUGAAGCUGAGGAAACACUACGGUCACCUUUUCGCUGCACGCAUUGAACUGCAGCCCAUGUCCAACGUGUGGUACGAAAUUGUGAAGGAGAAAAUUCGGCACCUGCAGUCCAAGCCCGUCUGGGUCUCCGAAGUGGCUCUGGAGGGAGGCGGCGAGGAAGAACUGGAUGCACUAAGCCGGACCCAAACCUCCGAUUAUCUAAGUGGUGCCAGUGACUACGAGGACACGGAUGGGGAGGCGUAUACGGAUGGGGAGGCUUACACGGACAACGAGGACCUAGAGGAGCCCAUGCCCUCCGAGACUGGCAUCGUCGGGCGCCGCAGUUCGGCCCUGGCCCGCUCCUCUGAACCGGCGGCACGGCCCAUUGCCAGCCCUGAUCUCUCCUACCGACCCCAGUUCGAGGACAACAUGGAGGAGGAGCCAGAGUAUGCCACGCCACCCCAAGAGGUGCCACCCCUCCUCCAUGUCGGCGAGCCCCGCCCCCAACACCACACCCCCAUAAACCCGCCACCCCUGGAGCACACGCCCUCACCCACGCAGCGCAGCUUCAGUGAUUCAGACUUCAGCGUAGACCCUGCGCCACCAGCCAUGCCCUCGGAGGGGCCCCCAGACUUCAGGGCUCCAGAUCCCAACCGACCCCCCACAGAAAGCCCACCACCUGUCACGCUGUCUGCCAUUGAGAAGAAGUUACAAGAGACUCGCAUGCCAGAAUCAAAAGAAAAAGCUGCUCCUGCCUUCAUUGUACUGGCGCAUCACCAUGAAGCGAUGAUGAUGAGAAGGAACCAGAUCCGAGGCAGCGACAGCUCCGAUGAUGAUGAAGAUGACGAUGAAAAUGACGAUGAGGACGACAUGGAGUGGGGCCCUGCUACUGAGCUCUAAUAAAACGCAAAGACUACCUAAAAGACUUUCCAGGCAUGUGGACCGACACAUCCGUGGAACACGUGUGAAGAUUUUCAUUUUUUCAGUGAACUAUUUUUCAUAUACCUGUUAUGAGCAUUAUAACCCCUGGAUUGUGUCUGGAUGAUUGGAUGAUUUGACUAUAAUAUAUAAAUUUUUCCUGCGCUGUUGGACAUUUUCAUAGGGAAAUAUGACGUCUAAGCAAACGCGGGUAGAUUUUACCCGCUACGU